GCGCGAGCGUUAACGGCCGCAGAGGGCUGCAGUCAGUCAGUCAGUCAGUGUCAGGCAGAGGCGAACGGCGGGAAGAGCGACGGGUGGCGCGGCCCCUCCUCACGGGAGACUCCUGAGGCUGUUGAAAUAGCGUCAGCUCAUCCAUUUUCCUCUCCCCCGAGGAAGAGCGCGGCGGCGGCGCGGGCGUACAUGCGGAGGGCGGGAGGAGGUGGCGGCGCGGGUUGGGUUGUAAACAAACCGUCUGUUCGAGAGGAAAUUGUCGGCUCCUCGGAAAGAAGAUGGCGGCGGCGCGGAGCGCGAGUCAGGGCGUCCCUCUGAGCGCCUUAAAUCCCAAGUUUCUUCACGCCAACUCAACAAGUCACACUUGGCCAUUCAGUGCCAUCGCUGAGCUGAUAGAUAACGCGUAUGAUCCAGAUGUAAAUGCAAGGCAAAUUUGGAUCGAUAAGACUUUGAUAAAGGAUCACAUUUGCUUGACGUUCACUGACGAUGGACGUGGAAUGAAUCUCGACAAAUUGCACAAAAUGUUGAGCUUCGGAUUUAGUGAUAAAGUUGCAAUAAACGGACACGUUCCAGUCGGGCUUUAUGGCAAUGGUUUCAAGUCUGGAUCUAUGCGGUUAGGAAAGGACGCCAUGGUCUUCACAAAAAACGGAGACACCUUUAGUGUGGGUGUUUUGUCUCAGAGUUAUCUCGAAGCGAUCAAAGCAGAAAAUGUGAUUGUACCAAUUAUUAAUUUCAACCAGAAAAAGAAACUUUCGCAAAAUUUUCAGACCAGUCUGAAAGCCAUCCUGCAGUAUUCUUUAUUCAGUACUGAAAAGGAACUCUUGACAGAAUUGGAAGCUAUAUCCGGGAAACAAGGAACCAAGAUAAUCAUUUGGAAUAUAAGACAAACCAACGAUGGAAAGCCAGAGUUUGACUUUGAAACCGACAAGUAUGACUUCAGAAUCCCUGAGGAUAUUUUAGAUGAAAACAAUGAAUCGAAAAAAUAUAAGAGACAAGAGCGGAAGGACCAAAUUGUGCCUGACAGUGACUAUUCGUUAAGAGCAUAUUGUAGUAUUUUAUACUUAAAGCCACGCAUGCAAAUCGUUAUUCGAGGAAAGAAAGUCAAAACACAGCUUAUUUCCAGAAGUCUUGCUCACAUUGAGCAUGAUCUAUACAGACCAACGUUUUCUUUGAAAAACAUCAAAAUAACCUUUGGCUUCAACUGCAAAAUCAAAGAACAUUACGGAAUAAUGAUGUACCACAAGAACCGACUCAUUAAAGCUUACGAAAAGGUUGGCUGUCAGCUCAGGGCAAACAACAUGGGAGUGGGUGUCAUAGGAGUUAUUGCAUGUGACUUCCUCAAGCCCACACACAACAAGCAAGAUUUUGAUUAUACAAAUGACUAUAGACUAACAAUUGCAGCACUGGGACAAAAACUGAAUGAUUACUGGUAUGAGAAAAAGCACAAAAGGAACGAGGAGAAUCCAGAGAGCUUUAUUCUGGUAGAAGAUGAACAGAACGAUCCUGAUCAGGUUUGGGUUCAGUGCGAUAGUUGUUUGAAAUGGAGAAAGCUUCCGGAUGGUAUAACUUCAGACAAUCUGCCUGAUAAAUGGUUCUGCAUCAAUAACCCAGACCCACAAUUUAGGAAUUGCACUGUCCCAGAAGAACCUGAAGACGUUUUUGAAUUUACUCCCAGUUAUGAAAAAACAUAUAAAAAACAAGAACAAAAAAACCGUGAGAAGAAUCGGCAAAAAAGUCUGAAUCUAGAUAAACAGAAGCACUUGGAGGAACAACUUCAACGUAAAGAGCAGGAACUUGAGGAGGAGAAAAAGCGGCAGCAGUUUGAUGCACAACAAAAUGCUGAUCUCCAGAACAUCAUAAAAAAGAUAUCUCGGGAAGCUGAAUCUCUUCGGAAAGAACAGGCUUUAUUGCAGCGGAGACUUCAGGCAAAGAACGUUCAAGUGAAUUCUACGACCGUGAGACCCCCGACGUUGGUGGUUGACGGGAGUCUGGGGUUGGAGAUUAAUGACGACACAGCAACAACGUCAACUGCUAAUUCAAAUUCUCCUGUGAGCAGUCUUCAAAUUGUGGAUGUCAAAUCGCUGUCUGCUGACUGUCCAAGCACCAAACGGAAGAUUAUGUUUGAAGCUCCAAGUCCGAGCUCAAAACGACUGAAGGUGGACGAAGGAAGGAAUCUAUCCACCUCUGCAAAUGAAGAAAUCGUGGACUGUACAACAAGUGGCGAGGACGAUUUAAUCAUCCUUGAUGAAAGAAGCACUCCGCGACCCAAAUUAUCUCUCGACUUGUCCAGAGUGAAGGUUGAGCAAAGGGAAAGUACAGAUCAGACUGGCUUUGUAACAGAUGAUCAGUACGAUAGUGAUGUCCAGGUGGUGACCAACAGCUCAGAGCAGAAAUCUUCAGGCACGCAGACUGAGAACUCGACCGUCUCCGUUAAAGAAGAAGUCUCUUCCAAUAACCUCAAUCCUGGUGAUAAUGAGGAAGCGCGAAACCACCCGAAUUCGGAGGGCCUCGAAAAGAACGCUGAUAACAGGAGCGAACAGGAGCAACUGAAGAACGACACCUUUCGCUGCACAGUUGAAGAGAGAGACCGUUAUAAGGCCAAAAGUGAGCUGUUGCAAAGGCAAUUGGAACGACUGGAAAAACAGCUGGCCGAACAAAGUACGAGCCACGUGAAAAAGGAGACCUGCCAUCAAAGGACUUCAUCUGAGUUUGUGAUCAAUGGGGACCAAGCAGAGGAAGUGAACCACUUUUGUCGACUACCCACUGAGGAGCAGACAAGCCGAUACGAAUUGGCAAUAAAGGAAAUCAAGAGACUAACCGAGAAGUGUGAGGCUCUAGAGAACCUGAAGACAGAAUUUUCCACGGGUGAGAAAAGUGAACCUGUGAUUAAGGGGGAGGAAGAUGAGCUUAUUUUACAGCUGGAUGACAUGUUCCGACAACUGGACGGCUGUACAUCCGAGAGAGAUCAAUACAAAGCAGAAGUUGAAAAUUUACAAAGAGAGACUGAGGCGAUGAAAUCACAAUCUGAAAAUCUUUCCGAAGAAGUGAAACGUUUAAAGGAUGAAGCAAUCAAAGCACAGAGCAACCUUUCGGAAGACCCCAGUGUAAUACUCCGCGCUCUGAGGAUCAAUAUAGGGCAGCUACUGCUCAAUAUUGUACCCGGACUGGACUUGGAGCAGAUAAACUAUGACAGCAAUGUUGUCGAUGAGAUUUUGGAUCAGGUACUGACAGCCAAUGCAUCAUGAAGCACUUCUGUUUUGUUUGAUAAGUCUGAUGCUGCAUCUUGAACACAGCCAAUCCGGCCGUCUAAGUAAAUCUUACCGAUAAAAGACUUCUGGCAAAUCUUAAAGAGUUUACAAAUUCAACGACAAUACGCUUCCAUGACAAUGUUCUGAAAGAUAUUUUUUUCCUUAGAUCAAAAAUGCUUUAAUGUAUUUUUUUUAAAAAAACUGUCUCUGUAUAAUUUGCUUCCCCCCCUCCCCCCACCACACACACACACACACACACACACACAGCUUGAAGCAACCGCAAAACCGGCAUCCGAGGUGAGCAUUGCAUGUCAAAGGUGACCUCUUUUACAUCAAUUUGUAAACUUGCAUCUGCUGUUGCUUCUUACCAACAUCUUCCUAAAGGCAGCGACUCACUGGAAGGUGCUAUUUGUCCUUCCGUUUCGUCUCGCUUGCUCUCAGGGACGCAUACCUUUGUCACCUGCCCACAGUGACCUUGCCAGGGUUUCCAGCCCCAGCAGUGUUGUACUACCCUGUUGUUCUACUACUGUAACAAAUGAACUUGUGCAAAUGUCCUUGACGACCAUUUGGAAGAGUGAAUACACGACUUUCUAUUCCAAGGACGUAUUUUCUCUGCAUACUUCGUUCGGAUUGUGAAGCUUGACUGAAGCUACAGUUGAGCUGGAACAGAGGUGUUCUCUUCAUUUCCAGGCGCAGUGACCGGAUUUUUGUUGCUUUCUUGUGUUAUUCACAAUUAAGUUUUUUUAAAUUUAAAUUGAUAUAAAAUCCGUUGUACUCAGGCUGGUAGGAUACUCUAUAAGCUCUGUGUUUGGGAUGUGCCUUUAAAGGAUGAGUAUCAGUCUCUGUGAGACAUUCACACCCUGUAAUUUGAGCUGUUAAUCGAAUAAGAUGUCUACUAGGAUAGACUCACUAAAGUAAACUGAAAUCCUGCAAUGUCCUUUUUUUAAAAAAAAAUGAAAGGGGAACUUGUAUCUCCAUAGUUCAUCCAACAGCUUCUGGUAACAAAAAAGACUAGUCAGAUUAAUUUAGUAACGCCCUUAAGGCUAAAAAGCACAAUACUAUUAAUAGAACUGAUAAUAAUAAUAAUCUUUGCAUUUGAUAUAGCGCUUUAUCAAGUCUUCGAAGGUCUCUCUCUCUCUGACGUAAAACCCUAAUGGGAUUUAAUUAUCGAGUUAGCUCUGCCUUGAGUUACCAUGACGCAGAGGUUUCUUGAAAAAAGUUAACUGAUCGUGGAGAAGAGAUGCAGUUAAACUCUAUGGAAUUUCUGCAUUUUAUAAAUAUAUUCAUUGGUGAGUUUGUUUGCCUGAGCCCGGGGGGAAAAUUAUGCUUUUUACUUUUAUGCAACUCAA